AUGUCCAAAGAUAUUGAAGAAGCUAUUUCACAUUGUUCUGUUUGCAAUAGUCUGAAGAAUCAUCAACAGAAAGAACCAUUGAAAUUACAUGAAAUUCCUGAUCGUCCAUGGUCUAUUCUAGCUACAGAUAUAUUUCACUGGUAUGGAAGUGAACACUUAGUACUUGUUGACUCUUAUUCUGGAUGGUUUGAAAUUAACCACUUGCCUGAUAUUUCCUCAUAUACUGUUAUAAAGAAACUGAAAGAACAUUUUGCUAGAUUUGGCAGUCCAGAUGUACUGUUCAGUGAUGGUGGUCCCCAAUAUUCGUCGCUUCUUUUCAAAGAAUUUGCUAGAGAAUGGCAAUUCAAACAUGUUAUGAGUAGUCCUGAAUUUCCUCAAAGCAAUGGACUAGCUGAAAAUGCUGUGAAACAAUCUAAAAAUUUAUUGGAGAAAUGCAGGCGAGAUCGAUCUGAUCCUUACCUUGCUCUAUUAAAUAUUCGAAAUGUGCCUAGAGAUAAAAUACUUGGUUCUUCUGCACAACGUCUAUUAUCACGUCGAACAAAAGGUGACAUACCUAUAUCAAAGAAUUUGUUGAAUCCUGAAAUGAGAAAUCCAAAAGAAGUGCAUGAUCAAUUGCUGCACAAAAGAAGCCAACAAAAGAAAUAUUUUGACAAGUCUUCAAAACUGUUACCUAAUUUGAACACUGGUGAUAUAGUGAGAAUGCAAACUAAAAAAGGAUAUGCCAGAAUCAUCACUUACCAAGAUCUUACAUUGUUGAGUCUGAUGGAAGAAGAUAUCGUCGCAAUCGAAGACAUAUCCUUAAAGCAAAUGAAUCUUACUAUCCUCGAACAGAAGAAGAUAUCGAUUAUUCUAAUUUAUCUGAUUCAAAUACUGAUGUUCCAAGUCAAUCUAAUAUUGUUAAUGGAAGUCCUAAUUUUGUGCCCAGUAUGA